AUGCCGCGGGGCCGCAUCGCCCACCGCAUCUCCCAGAGCCUUGCGCAGCGCCCUGCCCAGCGCAUCGCCAGCCGCGUCGCCAGCCGCAUCGCCCAGAUCCUCGCCUGCCGCCUCGCCUGCCGCAUCGCCAGCCGGGAUUUCUGUGGCGACAUGCCGAAUAGGGAGCGUGGCGAUGCGCGCUGCAAAAUUUUGGUGGGAGCGCACGGACUGCCCCUAGCUGGCAUAUGUUUCUAA